AUGUUCUCCCGCGCCUCAUCCUUGAACGUCCUGAGCAGAAGCUGCCGCUAUCUCCUCCGCCCUCAGAUUCCUACCCAGCGGACCUUCUCCCUCACCGCGCGCUCCCACGCCGCCAUCAACGCCGCCAUGGCCGACACAUCUGGAAUCACUGCCGAUUCUUUGAAAAAUAAGUUGACCGAGACUCUGCAGGCGCAGCAUGUGGAGGUUGAGGAUCUGUCCGGUGGCUGUGGACAAGCGUUCCAGGCUGUGAUUGUCUCUCCUCAAUUCGAGAGCAAGACCAUGCUGGCGCGCCACCGUCUCGUCAACUCUGCGCUCAAGGAGGAGAUCGCUGCUAUCCAUGCUUGGACUCCCAAGUGCUAUACCCCUGAGCAGUGGCAGGCUCUGCAACAGUAA